AUAUAAAAUGGCGGAUCUGUUAAAAGGAUGUGUGAUGUGAAGAUGAGUACGAACACUUUCACAGACGAGUGUUAAUUUAUGCGGAUAAUAUCUAACUAUUUGUGUUUGUAUGAAUCACAAAUUUUAAUCCGAGCUCCAACGCUCUAAAUAUCUACUUAAAUUUAUGAAUAACGUUCCUAUUGACACUUCACAAGUUUCGGGGAAUAACAAUGGGUAAGAUAUCCAAAGUGGUGGUGUGUGGUAGUCCAUCUGUUGGAAAGACUGCUAUACUUGAACAAGCUAUUUAUGGAAGUCAUAUAGCGGGCCAGUCAAAUGAUUUUCCAACAGUGGAAGAUAUCUAUGUCUCAAUGAUUGAAACAGAACGAGGAGUGAAAGAAAAGGUCCGCUUUUAUGACACUGGGGGUUUAGACAGUGAUGUCCCUGAACUUCCAAAACAUUACUUCACCAUUGCAGAUGGUUUCCUUCUUGUCUACAGUAUUACAAGCAGAGAAUCAUUCAAACAAAUAGACAAAUUGAAAAAAGAAAUUGAUAAAUCAAGAGACAAAAAAGAGGUAUCAAUAGUAGCUGUUGGAAAUAAAGUUGACCUUGACCAUGAAAGAGAGGUUGAUUUCACAGUAGCUACAUCUUGGGCUCAUAAAGAAAAAG